AUGCGCUCUGCUGCGCAGGUGUUCUACCUAGCCGUCUUCUCGCUGCUGGGUAGCUCACACGCUGCGAGCCAUGCUACCAAGUCGAGUAGUCCUCCGUCAGACGUCUGCGAUAUAUCGCCUGGUGCGAUAGUUUCCGACGCUUGCGUAAGCUACAAUACCCUCGAACAGCUCAACGAAGCCAUACACCCAUACCUCCAGUCCAUCACGCAAAACACCGACUUCUUUUCGCAUUACCGAUUGAACCUGUACAGCAAGAAAUGUCCGUUCUGGGACGACGAGAAUGGCAUGUGCGGGAACAUCGCAUGCGCGGUUAAUACACUGGACAACGAGGAAGACAUACCGCUCGUCUGGCGCGCAAAAGAACUCGGCAAGCUGGAGGGGCCUACAGCACAACAUCCGGGGAGGAAGCAACAACGGGAAGAGAGGAAACGGCCGCUACACGGCAGCCUAGGUGAAAACGUCGACGAGAGCUGUGUGGUCGAGUACGACGACGAAUGCGACGAGCGCGACUACUGCGUACCGGACGACGAAUCGGCGACUGCAAAGGGCGACUACGUGUCGCUUGUAGACAACCCAGAGCGCUUCACCGGAUACUCGGGCGUCGGAGCUCAGCAGGUGUGGGAGGCUAUAUACCGGGAGAACUGCUUCAGUAAGCCUCCCAAGAAUGCACCCUCCACUGGCAGUUCGUCACCACCUGGAGGAUCGUCUUUUGGCGGGUUUGGAAACCAACAACAACUGCACGCCGCAAAUCAGUUCCGCAACGUCAUGCAGGAACAGGGCAAGAAGCAAAAGGUUCAGUCUGCGAUUGCUCACGGUUCUCCUGUAGAUAGCCUCGACCCUGUCGAAUUCGACGAUACCUGCCUGGAGAAGCGCGUCUUCCACCGCGUCAUCUCUGGCAUGCACGCGUCCAUCUCCACGCACCUCUGCUACGACUACCUCAACCAGACAACAGGAGAGUGGGGACCCAACCUGGCCUGCUACGAGCAACGCCUACACAACUUCCCCGAGCGCAUCUCCAAUGUCUACUUCAACUACGCCCUCGUCAUGCGGGCUGUAGGCAAGAUCAGGCAGCACAUUUCCGACUACUCCUUCUGCUCCGAAGACCCCGAACAAGAUCUCCGUACCAAGAACUCGGUCUUGCGCCUCGCAUCCGCCCUCCCCUCAGGCCCCGAGAUCUUCGACGAGACGGUCAUGUUCCAAGACCCCGACACAAUGGUAUUGAAGGAGGACUUCCGCAACCGGUUCAGGAAUGUUAGUCGCAUCAUGGACUGCGUGGGAUGCGAUAAGUGUCGGCUCUGGGGUAAACUACAAACGAAUGGCUACGGCACAGCUCUCAAGGUGCUCUUCGAGUUCGACGAGAACGAUUCCUCAAAGGACCCGCCGCUUCGCCGCACCGAACUUGUCGCUCUCAUCAACACGAUGAACCGUCUUUCGCAUUCACUAUCCGCCAUCAAGGACUUCCGUCGCAUGAUCGAAGAGCGCGAUGGCUUGCCUAGCGAUGUCGCGCCUGCGCUACCGGCGACCGACAAAGGAGUGUUGAAGACAAGACUCGCGCUCGAAGACUCUGACGAAGACAAACCAAUCGACAUCUUGACUGGCGGAGAAAAAAUCCCAAGCUUCAAGCGAGACUGGGACGCGAGGAAGAUGACCAUGUGGCAGGAGGUCAAGGCCGAAUUCAACCUUGUCAAGAGAACAUUCUACUACGUGUUAUGGCAGUGGACUCAGCUUCCUGGGCGAUUUACCAAAAUCUUCAUUCUCGAAAUGAGGAGAGCUUACAAUUGGUGGAUGGGGUUCGUGCCCGGUCCGAGGAGUUGGGAGAUUCGCAUCCCGAGACGAGACGAGUUGUGA